AUGGCUGCACCCACCAACAACCUCGCCCUCCGCCAAGACGACGGCGUAACCCGCUGCAAAGUCGAAGCUCAAGCCUCGCACACCUACGGCGGCGGCAGCUACUACCAAACACCUGUCGAUAUAACUAGCGGAACACUCUACUGCUACGACGUCAACAACGACAUUGUCUACUACAACCACGAUGCCGACGUGGAAAACUUCAAUGGCGCUACCAUCUACCGUGCUUCGCUAUCAGAGAAGUGA